AUGGCCGAGCAGUACCAAGAGCCUUUCAUCUACGAUCUCGAGAGAGCAGUGAACACCACCGAACAGGAUGACCCAAACUACUACGCACGUCUUCCACGGUCUUUGAUCACGGCGUCCAAUAUUCAGACAUUCAUAAGUGGUACUGGAUCAUCGAUAUACGAGGACCUCUCACCACUACUAGAGGAUACCGAGCACGAGCUCAUCCUUGUGACCUGCUUCUGGGCCUCAUCUGUUAGCCGUGACGUGCUCAAUGCCGUGCUUCGCAAGCUAUCUGAUAAGGCUAUAAGGCGGGGCACGGAGAAAAUCCGCGUUCGAAUAUGUUUCUCGUCUUCUUCGGUCUUCCAAAAGUUGUUUCACAAGCAGGCAGCCAGUGGGCAAACAUACCUAGCUUCUGAGUGGGUGAAGAAGUUUGGCCUACCUGAUCCGUCCGAGCUAGGUGGAUUGGAUCUGAAGAUCAAGAGCGUCUUCAUCCUGCCUUUCAGUGUCAUGCACCCCAAAUUCAUCAUCGUGGACCGACAGGUAGUGGUCCUCCCAAGUUGUAACGUCAGUUGGGAAGAGUGGUUUGAAGGUGCCAUAACGAUGACUGGGCCCAUCCUAUCGCAAUUCCUCAGGUUCUACUGGGCGUUCUGGGAAAGGCGAGCGGAUGCACCGCCCGACUUGCCUGAUAGAAAGCGGAUCAUCACAGUACCUGCCACAGAUCGUGAUGCUCCACCUGGGGUGCCCAGCGCCAGGCAUACCGCUGCAGGCUUCCCAGACGACACUCCUAGCUUCUUCCUCCCAAGUCCCCACCACUGGAAUCCAAACUUCCGACUCUUCGGAGCUGCCACAGCCCCCACUACGCCUCUGAACGCCUUUUUACUUACUUUGUUCGACAAAGCAGAGCACAGCAUACGCAUCCAAACACCAAAUCUCACUGCCCCACCCGUAUUAUCCGCGUUGUUGAGAGCACUCGCUCGCGGCAUCGAUGUCAAGAUCUUGACGUCAGCACGACUCAUGAUCCUCGAGCAGCUUGUCACAGCCGGUACUACAACAUAUCGCUGCGUCAAGACGCUGAUCAAACGAUACAAGGCACUUGAACCGCGAGCAACGUCAAGGAUCCACGACGAGGAAGCAGCUAUGACUCCUGCCAAGGUUGGAAAGUUGCGCAUCUCGUACUUCGAGCCAAGACAUGGAUACAAGAAGAAGGGAGAAGAGCAGGGUGAGCCACAACAGAGUCAUCUCAAGAUGACAAUUGUAGAUGGCGAGGUGCUGGUUCUGGGUAGUGGCAACCUGGAUCGCGCGAGUUGGUCCACGAGUCAAGAGCUGGGGGUUGCAUUCUUUGGAGCUGAGGUGGUGCGAAAGGUGGAAGAGACAGUGGAUACAGCAAUGGCGGGGAGAAGCAGGGUGGUAUUCGACAGCGAGACCCGAUGA